AUGGCGCACGCUCAAAUCUCAGUCACACCAUACGGCGGUACGGAUGCCGAAGAUUUCGCCCAAUUCGAACAACUCUUCAACGGAUUCAUCGGAGUUGCAGGUGUCGCACCACUCCAGCAAGCGAACUUUCUUCAACUCCAUUUGCGAGAUCACGCACUUCGGUUUUACCAAACGUUACCAGCCGCAACCAGAGAAAACGUAGCGAAUAGUCUGACAGCAUUGCGAGACCAUUUCAGUAAUCCUCAACUUCAAGAAGUUCAUGUCUUGAAGCUUGAACAAACUAAAUAUGAUUUAAAGAAGGAUACGCCGGAGAAUUUCUUGGUGACGUUACAGAAAAAAGCGGAGAAAGCAUACCCAACGCCUGAAAUUGCAAUUCCUAACCCAAUUGAUGCAGGAGCAGCGGAUGCAGCUCUCGAAGCAGCACGACAUGCUCGAGAAACUGCCCAACGCGACGAAAGAUUAGACGCAGUCAGAGAAAAUCGGGAUGAACAGGUUCGCAGACUUUUUAUAAAAGCCAUGCCCAAUUGGCUUCGAGGCAAACUAAUGGAUCGCCCUGCGGGAGAAACAGUACAAGAAUUGUGUACAUAUACAAGGAGACAAAUGACCAUACGCGAAGUUUGCCGAAAAGAAGAUUAUCCAGAGGAUGGAUUCAAUGAAAUUAGCGCAACAGUAUCCGAUAAUCUGAUAAACGCCUUGUCUAAACUUAGCGCGACACAAGAAGCUAUGGAAAAACAAUUCAACGAAAUUCGAACGCAAAUGAGCGAUAGAAAUCGUCAAGAAGCAUCGACUUCAGCGCAACAAUCAUCCAAACAACAACAACAACAGCAGCAGCAUCAGCAGAAUCGACCGCGAAAUGACUAUAACCGUGGUUUCCAACGAGGAUUUCGCGGAGGAGGCAGAGGUCAUCAGCAGAGACAAUCUUACCAACCCUACCCUGACCAUUCAACCGAAUUCUUCCCAGGAAACCAGUCAAACCAGGGGAAUCAAAAUUAUAGAGGACAAUACCCUCACCAGAGCAAUUUCAGAUCUGGAUAUCGAGGAAGAGGUGGACGUUACCGAAACCCUUACAAUAAUUUCCGAGGAAACCAACAGCAACAGUUCCAACCAUUCUUCCCAAAUCAGAACUACCAAUUUCCGCAACCAAAUAACUAUCAACAACAGUCAGUCCAACAACAAGCACAAAAUGUUGAUAUACAAAACCCAGCCAUGCCAUACAUGCCAGUCAUCCAAGCAACUGCAGUAUUCUGUGAGAACUGCGGAUACCCUAACCAUACAGCCAGUCAAUGUCACUUUCGACAAAAACCUCAAGGAAAGGGACAAUCUUUCCCAUUCCAACAGCAGCCAAAAAACUUCUAA